AUGGCAUUACUGAACAAAGAACAAAGUGAGUACUUAAAUACAUUGGAUCAAACGGCUCAUAUAAUACAAAGAGAACUAGUCAACUUUAAAAAAUGCCCGAAACAAAGACUAACGGAAGGGUACAUAACAACAAGGUUAAAAAAUAAUGAACAGUACUGGGGUACAUACAAAGAAGCAUUUCAGAAUCUCACAAAGUGCACGCCGAGGGAGGACAGGAAAGACAUCGAGUACUUUGUGAACGAAGAAUACUUCAAGAUUCAGGACAUAUACCUUGAUUUACAAGCAGACCUUACCGAUUGUCUCACACAACCGUCACUACCACAAACAACUACAACUACAACAGCACAGGUACCACAUAGUCCAAUGUCCUUUGCCACACUACCGAAAAUACAACUUCCUACAUUUUCCGGUAAAUAUGAAGAUUGGCCUACAUACCAAGACCUAUUCACAGCACUUGUUCACAAUACAUCACUGAGCGAUGUACAAAAACUACAUUACCUGAAAACAAGUGUCGCCGGAGAGGCGGAGAUGUUGCUACGCCACAUACAAAUAACAGAUAGCAACUAUACACAGGCAUGGGAAAUACUAAAAGGGCGCUUCGGAAACAAAAAGAUGAUUGCGAAUUCUAUACUGAAACGAUUAUUUAGCCAAAAGAAAGUAACCAACCAGUCAGCAAGUCAGAUAAAAACACUGUUGGAUACUACGACUGAAUGCCUAAACAGCCUAAAUAAUCUAAAGAUAGCUACUGAUUCCUGGGACCCAAUCAUAGUCUUCUUAGUAUCUCAGAAGAUGGACGCCGAGUCACUGAAAAGCUGGGAGGAACACUCACAUAACGAAGACUCAGACAAGAUGGCUACGUGGAGAGAUCUGCAAAGAUUUCUUGAGACAAAGUUUAGAACACUCGAAUUAAUCACUUCCGAGCCAUCAUCUGUGAGAGAAAGACCCCAGACACACAAAUCUUUCCACACCAUGGCUGAAGAAGGUGAAGAAGAUACAUGUCAAAUUGCACACGCAAAGGUAAACUCAAGGUCAUGUGUGUAUUGCAACGGAGACCACUACAUGUACCAUUGUAAAGAAUUUGCAAAACAAACAGUUGAGCAUAGACAAGAAUUUGUGAAGAAAAACAAUCUAUGUUUCAACUGUCUAAUACCAAGUCACAAUGUAUAUCAAUGCAAACAAAGAACAACAUGUCGCGUCUGUCAUAAGAAACAUCACUCCUUGUUACACCGAGCGAGAGAAACAAUCAUACAACCAGAACCUACAAUCACAACCGCACACUUCUCCAAUCAACAACCAAGAACUCAAGUGCUAUUAGCGACAGCCCAAAUUCAAAUGGAAUCAGAGGAUGGGGCGGUACAUACGUUGCGAGCACUAAUAGAUCAAGGCUCUGAGGCAUCAUUUGUAUCUGCGAGAGUUGUUGAUUUAUUGAGGCUAAGAAAAACAGACAUCAACGGUGUAGCGUCGGGAGUCGGAGAAGGUACUAAAAUUCCUCUGAAACAUUUGGUCGAGAUGAAAAUAAAGUCAAGUUACACAAACAAGGUUGUAAAUGUGACAGCUUACGUUCUGAAAACAAUAUCCACUAAAUUACCGUCGAAAGAUAUCAUAAUGAAUUGGCAAAUACUACAAACAUUAAAUUUGGCUGACCCUACUUACAAUACACCGGGAAAAAUUGAUAUAUUGCUCGGAGCAGAAGUCUUCUGUAAAAUAAUAGAAGAAGGACUAAUAAAACUGCCAGAUGGAGUAGUGGCUCAGAAAACAAUGUUGGGAUGGAUACUUUCCGGUCAGAGAGAAGGUACAGAGGAAAUAAUGAAACAUAAUGUGACAACCCUACAUGUCACAAGACAAGUGGUAGAAGACAAUGAUAUGUUACGGAAGUUCUGGGAAAUAGAGACAGAUAUAUACAAAAAGAGGAAGCUUAUGACAAAAGAAGAAGAAAUGUGUGAAAAUAUUUACAAAGAUAGUACUACAAGAGAUGAAACAGGAAGAUACAUAGUACAUUUACCACUGAAACAAAGUAUAGAAGAAACAGUAAAGUUGUGUGGAGAUACCAAGCAGCAAGCUAUAGCUAGAUUCAAGCAGUUGGAGAGAAAAUUCAAAAAAAAUGACAAAUUGAAAACUGAAUACACAAAGGUCAUACACGAAUACUUAGAGAUGGGUCAUAUGAACGAGUCAAAAACACCAGACAAUGAACUGACAGUGUAUCUACCACACCAUGCAGUUGUUCGCGAAGACAGAGAGACAACUAAAGUUAGAGUCGUAUUUGAUGCAUCGGCAAAGGGUUUAAAUGGUCACUCACUGAACGACGCAAUGAUGAUUGGGCCUGCACUGCAACCUGAUCUGCGGAGCCUAAUAACUAAAUGGCGCACGCAUAAAAUCUGCAUUGUCGGUGACAUAACAAAGAUGUAUAGAAUGGUUAAAAUGACUGAAGAACAUACAGACCUACAACGAAUUGUCUGGAGAGAUGACCCUAGUGGUGACAUAAAAAGCUACAACCUCACAACUGUCACAUUUGGUACCGCUGCAGCUCCAUAUCUAGCUGUACGAACACUAAAUCAAGUAGCUGAUGAUGAAGCCCAUAGAUUUCCAGAAACUGCUCCAUUGAUAAAACACUCAUUCUAUAUGGAUGAUCUCAUGACGGGAGCUGAAGAUGUAGAGAAAGCUAAAAAGAUAUGUACAGAAAUCGGAACAAUACUUAAAAGUGGAGGAUUUGAGAUGCAAAAGUGGUCGAGCAAUUCAGAAGAAGUUUUGAACCAUAUACAAGGAGAAGACACAAUCAGAGUGAUAAAACAAGAUGCGAUUAUAAAGAUACUCGGAUUGACAUGGGACAGGAAAGAUGACAAAUUCAAAGCCACUGUUAAUUUACCAGAACUGAGACAUCCUGUAACAAAGAGAGCAAUUCUUUCAGACGUAGGACGCCUCUUCGAUCCAUUUGGUUGGCUGUCACCAGUCAUAAUAAUAGCAAAGAUGCUGAUACAAAAACUAUGGAAAUGUGAAUUGGAUUGGGAUACUGAAUUACCCAACCAUUUAAUCGAAGAAUGGAAAACAUACAGACAAGAGAUUAUACAUUUGCAGAAUGCAACUAUACCUAGAUGGGUGAAUUCUACACUAGUAAAUAGAGAAAGGGCAGAAAUACAUGGGUUUGCAGAUGCAUCCACUCAAGCAUAUGCUGCUGUUACAUACCUGCGAGUAGUGGAAGAAGACGAGAUUCAUGUAACUAUGAUCGCAGCACGGACGAAGGUUGCACCGUUAAAACAAUUGUCGAUUCCCAAGUUAGAGCUUUCUGCAGCAGCACUAUUGACAGAACUUAUAGAAGAUAUAGUGGAGCCAUUGAGUAUACCGAAAGAGAGAGUCUUUGCCUGGACGGACUCAACUGUAGUACUAGCAUGGCUACAGUCAGAUUCACAUAAUUGGCGAACCUUCGUAGCAAACAGAAUAUCAGACAUCACUCGUGUAGUGGAUGGUGACCAUUGGCAUCAUGUUCAGUCUGCCGAAAACCCCGCAGAUAUCGCUUCGAGAGGCAUUAAAGCCAGUGAGGUAGCUGCAUGUAAGAUCUGGUGGACUGGGCCUGAUUGGUUAAAGCAAGACACAAUACAAUUUGACAAGGAUGAGAUUCCAACCACAGACUUAGAAUUGAAAGUUUCGUGUCAUACAACUUCAGUGGAAGAAAAACCUAUCUGGGAGAGAUUCUCUUCAAUUUCAAGGAUGAAAAGAGUAUUAGCUUAUUGUAGAAGAAUGAUAAAGAAUACUGAGACAGAACCAAGAAAGAAUUAUAUAGCAUUUUCUGAAAUGGAUAAAAUUUUAAGCGAAACAGAGUAUCUCAACACUCUGCAACAGAGAUUCAAGUGGCAAGUAGCAGUUCCAUCAUCAGAGAUAGGCGAUUUGGUAGUCGUCAAGAAUGAAGACAUGCCCCCGACUAAAUGGUUACUGGGUCGAAUCAAGUAUCUUCACCCAGGAGAAGAUAACAUAGUCAGAGUAGUGACGGUACAGUGCAAAGGAAACAAUGAAUUGAAGAGACCUUUGUACAAGAUAAUACCACUGCCGAAACAACCUGAGGCCGAGUAA